GUAAAAAAGGGGGGGCUGGGAAAAAGAAAAAGAAAGAGAGAAAAGAAAGGGGGAUCCGUGGCUUCUCCCACCAACCCAGCCAGGCUGGGUGAGGCAUUUUCUCCCGUAUCAAAAUGGCCACAGCUGUGCACAAGUCUAUCAAAUGCCUGGGGGAGGAUUUCUACCGAGAAGCCAUCGAGCACUGCCGUAGUUACAACGCCCGCCUGUGCGCCGAGCGCAGCAUGCGCCUGCCGUUCCUGGACUCGCAGACAGGGGUCGCUCAGAACAACUGCUACAUCUGGAUGGAGAAGACCCACAGGGGCCCAGCUAAGAAAGCUCCGGAUGGGACAGUCAUACCAAAUGGUUAUUGUGAUUUCUGUCUAGGCGGCUCCAAGAAGACUGGCUGCCCGGAGGACUUAAUCUCCUGUGCUGAUUGUGGACGCUCAGGGCACCCGUCGUGCCUGCAGUUCACGGUGAACAUGACGGCCGCUGUGCGGACCUACCGCUGGCAAUGCAUCGAGUGCAAAAGCUGCAGCCUCUGUGGCACUUCAGAAAACGACGACCAGCUGCUCUUCUGCGAUGACUGCGACCGCGGCUACCACAUGUACUGCCUGAGCCCACCGAUGGCCGAACCCCCUGAAGAUUGUGAGCCCCCCCUGAAGAAGGAGGCCUCGCUCCCUGAAGGGCCCGUCCUGGAGGCCCUGCUCUGUGCCGAGGCGGGAGACAAGAAGCCGGAGCUGAAGGAGGAAGAGCUGAUCUUAGACUGCCCGAAGGCUCCUCUGGGCGAAUUCCUGCACGAUUUGGACCCGGAGGACCUUGAGGAGGACGUCCCCCGGAGGAAGAACAAGGCCAAGAGCAAGGCCUAUGGGAUCGGAGGGCUGCGGAAGAGGCCAGAGGCGGCCCUGAUGGAGGACCGGGACAAGCCCUACGUGUGUGACAUCUGCGGGAAACGCUACAAGAAUCGCCCUGGACUCAGCUACCACUACACACACACCCACUUGGCGGAAGAGGAAGGGGAGGAGGGCCCCGAGCGCCACACCCUGCCCUUCCACCGCAAGAACAACCACAAACAGUUUUGCAAAGAGCUGAACUGGGUCCCAGAGAACCAGCGCAGGCACGCAGCUAAGAAAGCUCCGGAUGGGACAGUCAUACCAAAUGGUUAUUGUGAUUUCUGUCUAGGCGGCUCCAAGAAGACUGGCUGCCCGGAGGACUUAAUCUCCUGUGCUGAUUGUGGACGCUCAGGGCACCCGUCGUGCCUGCAGUUCACGGUGAACAUGACGGCCGCUGUGCGGACCUACCGCUGGCAAUGCAUCGAGUGCAAAAGCUGCAGCCUCUGUGGCACUUCAGAAAACGACGACCAGCUGCUCUUCUGCGAUGACUGCGACCGCGGCUACCACAUGUACUGCCUGAGCCCACCGAUGGCCGAACCCCCUGAAGGGAGCUGGAGCUGCCAUCUGUGCCUGCGGCAGCUGAAGGAAAAAGCCUCAGCCUACAUCACCCUGACCUAGGCUGCAGCCUCAACCCCCC